AUGGGGAUCGGUCCGAAGCUUCGAUGUUCCGCCAUUCUGCUAGUUUUCCUGGGUGUCCUGAUCAGACACAGGAGCAGCGCUGAGAAGGUUCUGUUGGUGCCUCCGCCAGUAGUCGACAGCCACUGGAUGGCUCUGGCCAAAAUCGGCCGUGCUUUGGUGGAUAAAGGUCAUACGGUCGCUGUCGUGAUCUCAGAGGACAUUGUAGAAAAACGACACACAGAGUGGCCCGACUUUCAGUUUGAGGCAUUCCAAGACCAAGGAACCCGAGCCAGGCUCAUUGAAUUACAAGACCGUGACUUUUCUACGGCUGGGAAAUUGUCCUUUUUUGAGAAAGGAAAAGCAUUCGUCGCUUGGGCUGGAGAGUUAGCAAAACACUGUGGUCUGCUUCUAGGUGACGGUAAGCUGGAGCAUCGACUGAGAGCAUCCCAGUACAGUGUUGUCAUUUUUCACCCCUUGUUUCCUUGCGGCGCUAUCCUCUCAGCCCGUCUGCACAUCCGGGUCCCUCACAUAGCCGUCAUGCGUAAAGAUAAUUACUGCAUUGACGAAAAAGGUACAGGUGUGCCGACCCCUCCUUCUUACGUACCCUCUCUAUUGGCCGAUUUUACCGAUGAUAUGACCUUUGGACAACGAGUGCAGAACUCUGCCUUGUCUACUCUCCUACCAAUUCUGCUACGCCAUUUUGGGGGUAGAGCAUUUGACGGACUGGUCCGUACCUACGUCGGUGAAGAAGAAACUAUUCAGAGCGUGACGUCACGCACGGACUUGUGGCUCUAUCAAACCGACAACGUGCUGGAUUUUCCUCGUCCCAGCAUGCCCAACAUGGUUCAGGUUGGAGGAUUGAAUGUCCGUGUGGCCGCCCCCCUAACUGAGAACAUGGACGCGUUUGUCCAGAGCUCUGGAGACGAUGGAGUGAUUGUCGUCAGUUUCGGGUCGAUGAUUAAGACGAUGUCGGCAGAGAGGCAAGAAGUCUUCGCGGCAGCCUUCGCCCGGCUCCGACAGAAGGUGGUGUGGCGGUACGUGGGAGAGAAGCCGACCGGUCUGGGUAACAACACCAGACUACUGGCCUGGCUACCUCAGAACGACCUGCUGGCCCACCCAAAGAUCCGAGCCUUCAUCACUCACGCUGGGUCGAACGGCCUGUACGAGGCCCUGCACCACGGUGUGCCCAUGGUCUGUCUGCCGCUGGUCUCGGACCAGCCCGGCAACGCCGCCCGGGUGGUGGCCAGGGGACUGGGGGUGAGGUUGGACUUCAGCACGGUCACCUCCGACCAGUUGUACCAGGCCAUUCUUCAUGUCGUCACCAACACGAGCUACCGUGAGACGGCAGCCCGCCUGUCCCGCCUGCACCGUGACCAGCCCCAAUCACCCAUGGAGCGGGCCGUCUGGUGGAUAGAACACGUCAUCAAACAUGGCGGACUGCCCCAUCUCCGCGCACGCGCCGUGGAGCUGCUGUGGUACCAGUACUACCUGCUGGACGUGGCUGCGUUCCUGCUAGCCGUGUGUGCAGCUGUCCUGGGUACCCUGUGGUACAGCUGUUCGCUCGUCUCCAAAUCUGCAGUACCGCAGUAA